AUGCUUCACGUUGCCAACCUCGAUAUUAGCCAAAGUCACGAAUAUAUCGCUAACAUCGACGUGAGCUCACCAAGUCUUAUUCGCCGCUAUGGAGGACCUACACAGGCUGCCGAGACAUUCGCGGCCAAAGCCAUGACUCUUAUCAACCAAAACCUAGACCAUCCUAACCUCGUUGAUAUUCAAGCAUUGUGCUUGAUCAUUAUCCACGAAUGGGGUUCACGCAAUGCUGUCAGAGCCUACAUCUACUUGGGUCAGGCUGCGCGCAUGGUUCAGAUGUACAGGAUUUUGAACAGCCACCAUCCAUCCCCAGAUGCCGACCUCUUUCUACGCGAUGAAUCCCUUCGUCGUACAGUCUGGCUCAUCUACAUACUGGAUUGCCUUCUGACGAGCACUCCCGGUCGAUACUCUGCACUGUCCCCCCAUGACACUGCAGACGUCUCUUUGCCCUGUUCGGACAUCAACUUUGCAUUCGGCAAUGCUGUAUUUGUCAAGACUCUGCGUCAGCAGCUCGACCCUAACGCCGUUCCACCCGGUCAACCCCCAUCCGAGAUUGGCGAGUUUGGUUACAUUGUCCUGGCUUCGACCGUCUGGCGCGACGUUGUCGCAAUGCUUACCACUACUACACUCGCAAGCUUCCGCGAGGAGGACUGUAGUGAUUUGGUCGCAAAGAUCGAGGGUCUCCGGGCAACUUUGCCGAUGCAGUUCGUGGAUAAGCCCGGCCAGAUUAACCUUCAUAUGACGAUGGGCUCUGGUUAUACUUUUGCCAUGCUCCAUUGCCUUCUUCAUUGCGCUACGGUCUUUGUUCACCGAAGACGUCUGUUGCAGGAGGUAACAGCUCCCAACUUCAACCUGGAAUCGUUCCGACUCAAUUCUCGAUGCCACGAUAUCAUUGAUCGCCUCUUUACAUCCUGCCAUGGUACAAUCUCACUGCUCACUGCUGUUGAGGCUGGCUCCGAGAAGGAUCACUCACCUUGUUUCCCGAUAUUUAUGCUCUUCUCUGCCUUCACCGCCAGUGCUACUGUAGCCUACCUGUCUCUCAAGGGCCUUACGCCCCCUAAUGCUGUCGAAACAGCCGCACACAUUGUCAAGGACGGUCUACGAUUUAUGAGUGAUGGGACCGAAAACUGGCCUUUGAUGGGCAGUUGGUUGCGACACCUUACCGUUAUGCAACGUGUACUCAACAAUGAUGCUGCGGCUGCUAAUGGCAGCAGUUCUCUGCGCCAUGGCUCAGCGUCACAUGGCGCGGGCGGCAUCAAGGACGAGAUUUCUUCCAACGCCGACACAAAUCCUGACGCGAUGGACUACGAUCAAACCAACCGCUCAGGCAGCGUUUCAGGUCAAGGUCCCAACCGCUCCGUUUCGGAGUCGGUGCGCGGCGACAGUGAGCCUCCAGUUGUGCUUGCUCGGCGACCUGGCAUCGCCACUAUCAACGGGGGCUCAGGAGGAGUAUCUACUCCUACAACUUCACCUCCUCCGUCAAACACUUCACAUGGUCCCAGCGGCAUGCCUGGUAUCAAACAGACCAGUCCGGAAAUGGCAAAUGGAAUCGUGCCUCCUCAGGAUGGGCAGACCACAAGUCAGGACAUGACAGCGCCCGAGCUAUGCCAGGCUUUCGAACGACAACUUCUUGAUUUGGACGACUUGGCUGCAUUCAUGGGUGGGGGUGUCUAG